AUGUACUGCCCUACCACGACCGACCCACACAGCAGCCGUGAUGGCGCCAGCUCCUAUCUCUAUGGGAAGGUGGCAGGGUUGGCCACUGAGGUGGGGCGUCUGAGCCUGGUGCUGCAGGGCACCGCGCACAGCCAAGCAGAGGUCCGCACGAGCAUGCAGCAGCAGUUGUACCGCAGCAUGAGCCUGCUGGACGUCCACACCCGGCAGCUGCAGGAGCUCUUGGCUGGGCCGACCAACGUUGUGGUCGACGACGACGAAGACGCACUCAGCGCCCUCGAGGGCAGGAAGACCAAGAAGCUCUUCACCGAUCGCAUGUGCGCCGACUGCUGCACCCAAUUCACGAGCCAAUGGCGCAGCGGACCGCUGGGUCCCUCCACGUACUGCCGCAAACGCAAGAGGGAGCACCGACUCCGCGAGGACCGCGGGCAAGGCGGCUGGCAGGGCCUGCAGCGUACCAGCAUUAGCUACCUCCUCAACUGA